AUGUCUACUUCAAGGCUGAACAGUGAACAAUGGAGCCAUCUGCGGGAAAUCUGGAGCUUGAUAGACACGGACGAGGACGGAAAGAUCAGCACACAUGAUCUUCUAACAUUGAUGAAGUCCUUUGGAUAUCAUCACACAGAGGAGGAGAUGAAUGCUUUCAUGGAUGACCUUCCGGUCGAUCGACUUCGUGGAGUUCUUAGUCUGGAUCUUGAAACUUGGAGAAAAGAUUGA